UCGGGCCGCCUGAGGGAGCGCUGACGCGCUGCGCUCCCCCGCGGGCUAGGGGCUCUGCGGGCCCCCCUGUUCACCUGUGGGUCUCUGUUCAGGAGCUGUCCGCGCCGCUGCCAUGACCCGAUGGGCUCGCCGAAACGGCGCUGUCGGCGCGAAGGCGCUGGAUGCGACCCCCUGGGAGGAGAUGGCGAGCGGCCCCCAGGGGCGGGAGGGCCGCUCAGGCCCUCUCUCCCUGAAGAAGGAGCAAGACAAGAGGAAGAAGAAGAACAAAAAGAAGAAGGAAUAUCUGAACGAGGACGUCAACGGGUUUGUGGCGUAUCUGCGGCAGAGCUCCAGGGGUGGCGAGGUGGCGGAAGCAGACAGCGCGGCGUUGGAGAAGGACUUCGCGGUGGCCUUGAGGAAGGACAAGCGGCGGGAGGAUAGGAGGCUGAAGAGGCAAGAAGUGAAGAAAAAUGCCAUGGUAUGUUUCCACUGUAGAGAACCUGGCCACGGUGUUGCUGAUUGCCCUGCGGUACUUGAAAGUCAAGAUAUGGGUACAGGAAUCUGUUACCGGUGUGGAUCCACAGAACACGACAUCAGCAAAUGCAAAGCAAAAAUAGAUCCAGCGGUUGGGGCAUUUCCUUAUGCGAAAUGUUUCAUCUGUGGUGAGAUGGGUCAUCUGUCAAGGUCAUGUCCAGAUAAUCCCAAGGGAUUGUAUGCAGAAGGUGGUGGGUGCAGACUUUGUGGCUCUGUGGAGCACUUCAGGAAAGACUGUCCAGAAAAACAGAACGCAGAUCAGGUUACAGUUGGGCGAUGGGCCACUGGAAUGAGUGCAGAUUAUGAAGAAAUUACAGAAACAACAAAGCUGCAAAAACCAAAAGUUAAAGUACCCAAAGUUGUUACUUUUUGAAGUCCUCUUGGUUCUGAACCACUGUGAGCCUGCACUGCUUCACUCCAGAGUAGUGACUCUGUGAAAGUGGAUUGCUGGUUCCAGAAAAUCAAGCAAACUGCUGCUGCUAAAUUAUUUCUGUUUUGGUCCCCCCUCACUUUUCCAGUUCGUUUCCCAGACUCACUCAGUUUACUGUAAAGCUGGGAUCAACAGAAAUGCAGCAAGUGGAAAUUUUAUUUUUAUACGUCUCUGCUGAAGUACAGCAUUCCCUCCGAUUCACAUUCCCUCUCACUGCCAGCCCUCUGAAGAGGGAAACUGGUUAUUUGUAACAGGGAUCUGGUUGCAGUAACCAAACAGGGCAUGUGCAUUUUAUCACGGGGGUUUAUGACCACUGGAUCUCGGUGGUUGGUAUUGUUACCUUACAAGUGCUGCUUUUACUUGUCAGAGAUGAACACAAUCAUGCUGAUCUUAUCAAGAGCAUUUUUCUGUUUCUCUGUUUCAUUCUUCUGUUUUCUAAAGAGUCUCACUGGGUUUUGGCUUGGUGUUGCCUUAUCCUUUUAGGAAGAAUUGGGUUUUUGCUCUAAGUACCAACUUGAGCAGUCUUGUGGCAAAGUUAUUUGGUAAACUCUAUGGCCUGUAGUACUGGGGUUGCAAUUCUUGCUGCUCAUGGUAGGUCAGGUAAAAUGUGUAUGUGCAUUAACCUGAUCGCUUGCGCAUGUUUGAGUGUUUGUUCACUGAUAGAAAUAGAAUCAUGCCCUUCCUCUGAUACCUGUAGUGAAAUACACCUGAAAAGAGUUGGAUAGCAAGUGAGCAGCUUGCUUAGUUUCUUUACGUUUUUCAAGGAAAGUGCUUAAAAAUCUUUAUUGUUUCUAUCCCAUGGUGAGUUGGGAGUAAGCUUUGCUUUGUCUUAUGCAUGCCUGCUUAAUGGCAGACUUACUUUAAAAUGGAGACUGCAGCCUGAAAAACUACAGCCUUAGAAAAAAGUAUCAAAACCGACUCAAAACGAAGUUCCUGGAACAGCUCUUCAAAUACUGUGCGUAGUACUCAGCCUGUGCAGCUGGUGGUGGUUGUCCUUCACUGUGGAUCAUCUCUCCUGAGGUGAGCCAGGAAGCUGGAUGUCUCAAGCUCCUCGCACAGGCAGCGCCUUCUGCUGAGCAGGCGCCCUGGCAGCGUUCCGGGCAGGUGCUGUGCUGUGUCCACGCUGUGCUCCCCGCGUUGUGCCGCCUGGCAUGGACCUGUGUGCCAGCCACAUCGGGCUCCUCACUCCUCUGCUGCGGGUCUGGUUGCCAUCGGACGAGUACAGGACUUCAGUGAUCCAGAAUUCUUAAAUGUGCCUUCUAAACACUUCAGCUUGCCUUACGCAGUAAUAAGUAACAUUCCUUGAGGGAAAGCUGCAGAGUGGUAAUGCUAUUGCUUCUAAAGCUUUCAUUUACCCUUCCAAUAAGUGCCCUAAGGAUCCAUAUGUCAGCUGGGUGAGAACACGGAAGGAACAUCAGAGCACAGACUGGAGCUCAGGACUGGGUUUUGAGGUGCUUAGGACCAGCUACCGAAACUGUAGGGUUGGAACAUAGUUUUGUUACAGCAAAAGUCAAGUAAAGGAAUUUAAUCGUUUGGAUAUAUUCUAUAUUUGUACAUGUUAAUUUUAAUAAAAUGCUGCUAAAGAAUCAGUAGUUGGAGCUCUUAU